CACUAAAGUAAGAGUACGACAAAAAAGGAUAUGAACCGUUGGAUUUGAACGGCGUUUUAACACUUCAAACUAAACAUUCGAGAAACUCGUGCGAGGGUUACUAGUUGCUUAUUCAUCGUGAAUGAUGAAAACUCUACGGGAUCCACUGAUUCUGUGGAUGAUGGUUGCGAUACAGUCAUUAGUGAGGAUUCGAUGUCAGUCGGGUGGUUCAAUGGGACCGAGUCCAUCGACAGAUGUCAGUAGUGAUAUGGGAGUUUCUGAUUGCGCAAGUUCUGUAUGUCAGAAUGGUGGAACAUGCUACAACGUUGGGACGUCCGUUGAUGAUGAAUUUUGUGAUUGUGAGUGGCCGUUUAGUGGAGAAUUCUGCGAAACAUCGAUGUUGUGUUUCUUAUUUGCAGGUUCUGGGGUCGACUGCCUAAGCACUGUGUGUCAGAAUGGUGGAAGUUGCCACAACAUUGGCUUGUCUACUCCUGAUGAAAUUUGUUAUUGCCCGCUGCCGUUCACCGGAGAAUUCUGCGAAACAUCGAUUGAUGUCUGUGCAGGCAACCCAUGUGGGAACGGAGGAUCCUGUACCGCAAGUAGGCCUAGUGUUGAUACUUUUUAUUGCAGUUGUUUUUCUGGAUGGACGGGCAUUUUUUGUGAAAUCAACGUUGUUGACGUCUGUGCAAGCUACCUGUGUCAGAACAGAGGAACCUGUUUCACAACAGCUACUGGUACUCCUAGUUGUAGUUGUAUGUCAGGCUGGACGGGCACUCUUUGUGAAACAAGCACUGACCUCUGUGCGAGCAACCCAUGUGGGAUCGGAGGAUCCUGUUUUACAACUGCUGAUACUCUUUAUUGCAGUUGUUUUUCGGGGUGGACGGGCACCUAUUGUGAAAUCAAUGACGCUGGAAUUGGUUGUAGCAGCGACGUUUGUCAAAAUGGCGGCACUUGUUAUGACGUAGGUGAGAACAGUGGUACGUACUGCGUCUGCCCUUGGAUGUACACGGGUGGAUUCUGCGAAAUGGCUACCAUUGCUGACAAUUAUUGUUCUAGCGGCCCGUGUGAGAAUGGCGGAACCUGCAUCCCCGAUGAAGACUCGGGUUAUUUAUGUGCAUGUUCAGCUGGGUUUACGGGGAACCUGUGCCAAGAAAGCAGCGAUGGUGAAGGCUGCAGUAGUAGCAUUUGUGAGAAUGGUGGUACGUGCUACUUCAUUGGUGCGGAGGACAAUACAUACUGUCUCUGCCCGUGGUUAUAUACUGGUGAUGCCUGUGAAACUACCAUUGAAAUGUACAACUGUGACACCAACAAUCCGUGUGACAAUGGAGGAUCAUGCUACCCGACGGGCGCCACCUACGUCUGUGUCUGUACACAAGAAUGGACAGGCGACGACUGCCAAGUUAACUACGACACUAUAACGUGUGCAAUGUCGCCACCUUGUGGUCCAGGUGGGAAUGGUGCUUGUGAGGUAAUCAAUGGAGCAACUCAAUGUAUGUGUUACAAUGGAUGGGCGGGAGCAGACUGUGAAACCGAGGUGGUGUCUGGUGGGACUACUGGCGAGUCGUCUACCAUUCCAAUCAUUGCAGGUGCUGCAGGAGGAUUCAUAGUUCUUCUUCUGAUAGUUGGUUUUAUCGUCUGCUGUGUAGUGUCAUCAAGAAAUAAACAGCGCAGAAAUGCAGCCGCUGGGCCUCAUCCCUACCCAAUGAACGUACAACUAGGACCACAAGGCCCGCCAAAGUUCAUUGACUCAAACCCACCGCCAUAUAAUGGUUAUGUGGCACCCCCCGAUUCUGUGUAUUAUUCAUCUGCAAACCCCCCUGAAUAUCAAGUAUCAUUAGCUCCUGUUUCAAAAUCACAAGGGCGUGCAGCAGCCACGUUUACCCCAAAACCAACCAAUAUGGCCCCGAAACAACCAGCCAAUAAGCCCCCAAAACAACCAGCAAAUAUGGCCCCGAAACAACCAGCCAAUAUGGCCCCGAAAAAAACAUCCAAUAUGGCCCCGAAACAACCAUCCAAUAUGGCCCCGAAACAACCAUCCAAUAUGGCUCCGAAACAACCAUCCAAAAUGGCCCCGAAACCGGUAGCCAUUGCGAGGUCUCCAAAGGAAGGAUACGCAUAUGACAAUAAUAUCUACGAAGAGAUUCCCGAACCUGCUGCAAUGGAGGACGGCGAGGCUUACUUGGUGCCCUCCGCUCAAGACGUCAACCAGACCAAAAAUAGUCGUGAAUACAUGGAGGUCAUUUCCUAGGUGUACUAUACGCCUUUUGGCAAGGCUUUCGUGGCAUAAACAGUUGAGCGACUGGCUCGGUACGCGCGCAAGUCGAGUUGCGAUCGAGUGGCGAUCGCGUGCGUGGUCUCCUUUUCCAGUCGCUUGUGGUCGCGGCUCUCCAAGCCAAGGAGGCCUUGGCAACAGGCGUAGGUUGUACAGUACCUAAAAUUGAGGGGACAAAACAUCGAACAAAUUCCGGGGUCCAAUUUCAUUGAGCUGCUUAUGUAGUAAUUUCCACUAUUUUACUUUGUGUAAGGCAGCCUAUCUUUUAUUUCGGAACUAUCUGAUACUGUUAUUUCCCCUCCCCUUUUUGGAGGGGCGGGUAAAAUUAUUCCAUUCUUCUUUAUAUAUCUGCUGUUAUGUACAUGUUGUUCCUUUUGAUACUUAUUUUCUGUUCG